GAAGCAGUAGAAAGAUUCGGCCACAAUGAACUCCUGCUUGUAACGGAAAUAGAAUUAACGUUACGUCACCGGAGGCCGAAUCGCGACUUGGCUCUAGUAGCAAAGUGAGCCGGUUACCGAUCAGGGACGGAUCGAGACUUUUAAAGAUAAAAUGGCAGAUCAAUCGCUUAGCACAGAAGAGUAUCCAACGGAGAUCCAUGAAUAUCUCAUGGCCUUUGAAAACUCUGUUGGCUCAGUGGAUGAAAUGUUGAAAAAGAUGAUGUCUGUAUCUAGGUCCGAGCUUCUUCAGAAGAUUGAGCCCCUGGAACAAGCAAAACUGGACUUGGUUUCAGCAUACACAUUAAAUUCAUUAUUCUGGAUAUACUUGACCACUCAAGGAAUUAAUCCCAAGGAGCAUCCAGUGAAAGAGGAGCUGGAAAGAAUAAGGGGCUACAUGAACAGAGUUAAAGAAAUAACAGAUCGCAAGAAAGCUGCCAGACUCGACAAAGGAGCUGCACGAAGAUUUAUUAAGCAUGCUCUGUGUGAUCCGACUUCUGAGGAAGCUCCUCCAGCCAAAAUGGAUUGCAAAGCCAAGAAAAAGAGAAAAUAGCUUAUUUUUAAACAUGUCGUUAUUCAUUUAUCAUUUUUUUUUUGUAAGUUACUCUUUUUUUUUUUUUUUUUUUAAAUUAAAAAGAAACAAAAAAA